CACUUCUGAGGGGUUAUUCCAGCAGGUUCUUGGCCAUGUCUCCCAGGCCUAGUGUUGAGCUCACAGGGUUCUUCUGGCCAGAGGUGAGCUGCAGUUCUGUGUGUUGGUCAUCAUUGCUGUGAGAUCUACCGAUCUGUUGACUCCUGACCCCGCAGUGCCCGUUAUCACCCAAUCAUCAUGGCCCCUGUGCCACCUGGCAUCCGCUUCCUGGCCUCCUUCAACAGAGACCAGUGGUACCGAGCCUUCACAUUUAGCCUCACCUUCCUGCUGUACACCAGCUUCCACCUGUCCAGAAAACCCAUCAGCAUCGUCAAGAGUGAGCUACAUAAGAACUGCUCAGCUCUCAAUGAGCUCUCCACAGCCAGUAGUAGCCAGCUGCCAAACCUCCACACAGCUGCAGAGUGCAGCUGGAAACCCUUUGAUAAAAGCAACUAUAAGCAGCUGCUGGGAGCCAUGGACUACUCCUUCCUCUGUGCCUAUGCCGUGGGCAUGUUCCUCAGUGGCAUCAUCGGUGAGCGCCUGCCCAUCCGUCUGUACCUGACGUUUGGCAUGCUGAUGAGCGGCCUCUUCACCUGUCUAUUUGGCCUGGGCUACAUUUACAGCAUCCACAGCCUUGGCUUCUAUAUAUUUGUCCAGGUGGCUAAUGGCUUGGUUCAGACCACUGGCUGGCCCAGUGUUGUCACAUGCAUCGGGAACUGGUUUGGCAAGGGAAGGAGGGGUCUGAUCAUGGGCAUAUGGAACUCCCACACCUCGGUGGGCAACAUCUUGGGCUCUCUGAUCGCAGGUUACUGGGUCUCCUCCAACUGGGGCUUGUCCUUCAUCGUUCCCGGCCUCAUCAUCGCUGCCAUGGGAAUCAUCUGCUUCCUCUUCCUCAUUGAACAUCCAAAUGAUCUUAGAAGCAUCCAUGCUGUACAGAACCCUGCUCCCUGCAGCAACAAUCAAAAGCUGACAAAGAACUGGAUUGGGACGAAUGGACACAAGCAACUGUACCAUUCAUAUAAACAGGGAGACAAAUAUCAGAACUGGGACACAGAGCUGCUGCUCCCUCAGGACAACAGUAGUGUUUCUGUCCCAGUACAGCAGGUGGUGGUGGUGAAGAGCGAAUCGGAGCCCUCGGCCAUCAGCUUCAUGGGAGCUCUACGCAUUCCGGGAGUGAUAGAGUUCUCGCUCUGUUUGCUGUUUGCCAAGCUGGUCAGCUACACCUUCCUCUUCUGGCUGCCGCUCUACAUCACGAAAACGGCUCACCUAGAUGCCAAGAAGGCCGGAGAUCUUUCCACUCUGUUUGACGUGGGAGGAAUUGUGGGGGGAAUAUUGGCUGGGGUCAUAUCUGAUAAGCUGGGAAAGAGAGCCACCACCUGUGCAGUGAUGCUGCUGCUGGCUGCUCCUAUACUUUAUGGCUUCUCCAUGAUCAGCGAGUUUGGACUGGGACCGACCAUCGGUAUGCUACUGGUGUGUGGAGGACUUGUGAAUGGGCCAUAUGCCCUUAUUACAACAGCAGUGGCUGCUGAUCUGGGAACACACAAGAGCCUCAAGGGCAACGCCAGGGCCCUUUCUACUGUCACGGCCAUCAUUGACGGCACAGGAUCAGUAGGUGCAGCAAUAGGCCCCCUUCUGGCAGGAGUGUUGUCGUCACAGGGCUGGGAUCAGGUCUUCUACAUGCUGAUGGCAGCUGACUUCCUAGCACUGCUGCUGUUGCUGCGGCUGGUGACGAAGGAGCUGACCUCUGGUAACGUGGUUAAACCUCGCUCUGGCAGCACCACUGUAGAGAUGAAGGAGCACUAAGCACUUUGCACUAACUCUAGACCGAGAAGUGAAAAGACUGUGGCCCUCGCUCAGCACAGACACACUGCAUCCUAUACCACUACCCUGGACUGGACCUUUUAACUGAGAUUACCUGAACCCACCCUGCCUGUGGUCACCUCUCAACCUUAACCCAAUCCCUAUAAACCAGGGCCCAGUUUUCAAAAGUUAUCUGGAUUUUAAGUCAAUGAUUUGUCUGUUCUAUGAAUAUGCCUUUAAUACUAUCUGAUGGUUUUUGAAAAACUGAGCCCAAGAGCUAGACAAUGUUCACAAAGAGACAUAGACAACACUUCUUUCUAAAGGUCUGUUGUCACUGCGAGCUUCUAUCGCCGUCCAUUCAGCAGUAGCUGACGUGAACUAGUGUGUAGCAGCACCUAUUGGAAACGAAUGAAAGUCGAUGAAGAUUCAGUAGCGAAGUAUAAUAAGCAACCAACCAAGCCAUCCAGUCCCUCUGAGCACAUAACACUUUUUUUGUUUUGUUUUACUUCUAGAGCAUAUUGGGCCCACUUCAGCCUUGUGUAACCAAAGAUUGUGGGGAAAUGCACAGUAAUUUAUACGAUUAUUUUUUUUUUUUCUGUUUUCUGGUGGUCUAUGUAUUUUCUCUGUUUAGGAAGUAUAUGAAGGUACUGAUAUUUUGUGUUCCUAUAUGAUCAGCAAAUUAUGGUGCGGUUUGUUAUGUUUUGGGACUUGAAUGCUAUGAAGGUAACAUUUUGUGUUUGAGUAUGAAUUUCUGCAUACCAACUCUGAGGAGGGUCAACCAUUUCUCAAUCAGUUAUUUAUGCAGUGCAAUGUUAAACUGUGAUAUUCUUUUUAGUAUGUGUAGAAAAUACUAAAUGCCGUCAUCCCAAACCUUAAAAUGCUCACAUUCAUUCUGCCUUUGUGAACAUUUUAAAGGCGUUCCUGUGACUAAUGCUUCCUACCUCCGAGUCCUGCAAGUUUAAUGUGCCAAAUGAGUGAAGAAAGGUAGCCUAUGUACCUUCAUGAAAAAGUAAUCUAUAUUCUUAUGAACCUUCAAUCUGACAGAUGCCCGUGGCUGUGGUUAAUUCCAAUUCACCGCCCGUAUUUAACUGAAUUGAAAUGGAAGGGACCCCAUCCAGUAACGUGUCAUUGUUCUUUGUGGCGAUAGAGCAUUUCUUGGUGGAAGCUAAAUCAUCGCAGUGCUUAAAUGGUAGUACUUGAAAUACUGUGUACCUUUUGGUGUUUGUUCAUUGGUCAGGCAGUUGCUUUGUUUAGUUACUUGUCUGAUUCUUACCUGACUCAUAAGUACACGGUCUUGGUGACAAUUGUCCAUUUCUGAAGACAUCUUGGUAGAUAAAAAAUAAAAAGGGAGUGGCUGUGUUGCUGAAUUCUCUGGAAGCUUCUUCACAAAAGAUCUGUCUUGGUUUCUAAGCAUAAUGUUGAGUUGUUUUGUUCACCAGGCUAAAUGUGUUCCAGUUAGGAGGCUGAGUGGUCUCAAGUCUCCCACCUGGAGGUGGCAGGUGUCAAACAAAAUGUACACUUCUGAAAGCUAGUCCUCCACUCAGUGACACAGGCAGGCACACACACACACAAUCUCUCUUUGUUUCUGAAAAGUACUGCAGGCCAAAUCAAAUAUUAAUUAUUAUUCUCUGAAGGUUCUCAUAAUAAACCAAAAUGUAAUUAUGCCGGAUUAUACCCUACAGUCAAUGACGGGUUAUAUUGAAAGUAUUAGUAUGUUUUGAUUGCCCAUGACUCCUCUCCCUCGCAUAGCAUCACAAAACCCCUGAGCUGACUCGAGCCUACAAGGCUUGAUUAAUAUGUCAAGGGAAGCGCGUGGGCGCCCAUGCAAGAAACUAAAUUAAAUGUAAAACAUCUCUUUUUUCCGGCGCUUGCUGUCUGCUUUUUGGUUUUCUUUCGUCGGUUCCUUUCUUCUCGUGUGCUUUGACCAAAAAUACCGUUUUUAGAGACUAUAUAUGAUUUGAAUAGCCAUAUUAUCAAUAGAAUAUAGCCUCGUUUGUUCGUAAAAGGGAAUGAACAUCGCGAACAGACUGCGGUCUGGGGGCUGUGUGGGCAGGCAAACUACCCCACUCACGCGUCCUUGAGGAGCCCCGGUAACUAUGGCGAUAAGAGAAAAGCGUACGAUGAUCCCUGCUCUUCAGUUUCCCCAGUGUGUGUGUUUGUCUGCGUGCGACUCAUUGAGAGAGGCUGAGGGAGGUGGUUUAUGAGAUGAGAGAGAGCUAGGUGCUCCAGAGAGAAAGAGAUGUUGAAACGCUAACUUCAUUUGCCCAUUCAGAGACGGACCGACGGCUCUCGGGGUUUUCCAAUUCGGGCACGGAACGGAGUGGUAGCCUAUAGCCCGCAAUCCGACUCCUCGGCAGCGGCGAGAGAGGCUUGAGGGGUGGAGAGAGAUGGGAUCAGCUUCUUCGGCGUACCGAGUAAUCUACCUGGACGUGGAUGGCAGAAUUCAGAAGGUAUAACUGUCAAUCAACCGUUAUAUCAUGUCAGCCUGUAUCAUCAUCAACCUACACCCUGCCCUGUAGGCCUAACCGUCCAAUAUUGCAUAGGAAAGAUUUGGAAGAACGGUGCAAUGAUAGUUAUGCUGUCUAUAGAAUAGGAAACCCUCAAUAGCAUAUUGUAUAAUAUUCAUAUACAAAUCGUGGUUAAAAUGAAUAGCCUAAUGUCAUUGAUAAUGCAAUAAAAAUCUAAUUAUGCAUAUGCCAGACACACACUUGAUUUACUGUUUAACGGAUGCGCCGCUUCACUUUUAUAAAAAGAUGUAUCGUUUUUUGUGUCCCUUGAGUAUUUCCCAAACUGGUGCGAGAGAAUCAGACCAAACCACCUCAGAUCACGCGCUUGUUAUGUUCGGGCCUCUGAUUGGACACUGACGCACAAACGGUCGGGACCUGUAUGUGCAGAUGUUUAUUUUCUCUCGCAUGCCAGCAUAGCUGAGCAAAUUCCUACUAUUUGUGUCCAGGUUUAACGUGGUGGGACGUCCCAUCGUUUAAAUGCACGGUUAACGCAUAAUGUUUUUACCUACUAGAAGCAAUUAAUACCCGAAACAACGUCAUCAUCGAACCAAACGACUGGCCAGAGAUCAGGGCAUUCCUCAGCAAAGCUUUUCCUGGCAGCCGGAUGAGGCAAUCGAAGGAGGAUGCAGUGAAUUGACUAUAUAGGCCUACUGGUCUCGAAUUUAGUAAAGCUUGCUCUGGAAUUGAUUUAUGCUUCUAAUUGCGCAUUUUGAAUAUCAGUUAUAUUCUGUAGAUUAUGCUAUAGUUUACUUUAUGGCCAGAUUGAAAUGUACUUUUUCCAAUGCUACAUUCAUUUGACAGACUUUACUUGAUUGUCCCUCUUUCUUCAAAGUAAAAGCCUAGUCUAUUAUAGACCUAUUCAUAUUUGUAUUACUAUUUUGUUGCAGGCUAUAGGCUAAUAGGUCAUGAACUCAUUAUAAAUUAACAUUUUAUUUGAUUACAAUUAUUUAUUGUUAUUCUUGAAUUAGAGAAGCAUACAUAUUCUACUAUAUAGCCUGUAUCGCAUGGAAUUACGUUUUUAUCCUAUAGAUAGGUGUUGAAUUGCACUUAUUUGAUAGCGGUGCUUGACUUACACUGAAAUAGGUGCCGGUACUCAUUUUGGGUGUUGGUACUGUUUAUAUUUAGGUGCAGGAGCUCCACAAUACUUUUGAGCUAAUAUUCUGUAAGAGGAACAGGAGCUCAAACAGUGGAAAAUUUGAGGUGCGGGUGAGUUCCUGCCCAAGUCCAGCACUGUUUGAAAGACCUAACUUGAAUGAUUGGCCAUCUUUAGUAGCCUAUUUCUCCUAUAAAGUGUGGUUUAUGAUAAGCCUUUUUAAUAUUUGCAUUAUAUUCAUAUUUAAUUAAAGCAUAGUUAGGCUAUACAUUUAAGUAAUGAACUGAUUAUACAUUUGGUCAAUUUUUUCAUUAGAAAAAACACUUGAUAUUGUAUUCUAUUAUACAUAUGUUAAUAAUUAUGUUAUUGAUGUUUAUCAGAGAUAUGUUCAGAAUAAAGAAACUGUCAUACUGCC